GUCGACGCGCUAAGGAUGCUGGGAUAUCGGCUGACCAGACAUGAACCUAACUUCAGUUUUCAGAUGGAAGGGUCUGGCAGUCCUCGCUUCAGAAAGCUCCAUUUCCCAGUGGGUCUGUGGAUCCACUCGCCCAGGAAACACUUUGCCAAGCUUGGGGGUCGCUGGCCCAGCGCUAUCUCUGUCAAGUCGACCACCAGCUCUGACGCAGCCUCCCUCCACGAGGCCCCCUCUGCUCCUUCCUCUUCCCUUUCUAACUCCACCCCCUCGCUGGCUUCCCCUACCCCAUCCCCAUCUCCUUCCCCGGCCUUCCUUAGGCCGCGGCCUGCUGGGCCCCAGUCCCGCACAAAGCGCCUUUCCCACCUCUUCCUGCGAGGGCGCUCUAACAGCGACAGGGACCGGGCGGUGGGGGAGAGGGAGAGAGAGAUUUGGGCACAUGCAGCUGCUCCCUCCUCCCACCACUACUUGCCCCCUGCCUCUUCCUCUGCCCCGGGCCUGAUCAAGAUCUAUGGGGAUGCCCUCUCCAGUGGGGCUAACUAUCGCUCCCUGCUGGCCAACACUCACUCUACAGCCAGACAGCUCAUCGCCCAGGUCAUCACCCGGUACACUGAGAGGGAGAGGGAGGAGACAGAUGACGCAGUUCUCCAGAAACACAGCCCAGAGGACUUCCUGUUGUGUGAUGUCAUUGGAAAGCCCAUCCAGCAACCAGAUGGAGCUAUCAAAUGGGAGACAGAGUGCCGGAGAAGUGUUGCCUCAUGGGAAUGUCCCUUAUUGUUAGUGGACAUGUGGCGGCCUAAGGAUGGAUUUGAGCGGCGCUUUGAAAUCGAAAGAAAGGAAGACUAUGAGAGAGAAGAGAGGGAGAGGGAGAAGGAGCGUGAGAGGGAGGGAGAGACAUAUCAAGGUGUACGCUGGCGGCGGAGCAGGAUGUCAUCAGGGGGCGGACCAGAGGAGAGCGAGCGUGGUCACCGUGCAAGGAACUCAGAGCUCAGGAGGAGCAUCAGUGACAUGAACCUGAGUCUGCGGCGUCGCCAAGGCAACCACGUCAUCAAUGACCCACGUAGCAACCGGCUGAACAACAAUGGAGGAGUGCAGGACAGGAAGAACAUUGUGAGCAUGAUCAGCCCACAGCAAGGAGAGAUUAGAGCUUCAAAAAUUGAAGCAAAGGUUGGAUGGAUGAACCAGCCUGCGGAAGACGAGAAGGAUUACUCCAGCUGUGACCUGGAAGUGAUGUCACAAAGUUUGAUCCUUCCACCCACAGAUCGGCCCUACUUCCUGUUGCUGCAGGGUUACGAUCAGAGCAAGGAUUUUGUUUUGUACAUCAUGGCGGGACAUACGCAUGUGUUUGGAAGAAAGCCCACGAUGAAGGAGCGAGAGAAGGAUAGAGAGAGGGAGAGGAAGGGGAAGAGACCUCUGAAGGUGGACACGUUCCUCUCUGCACCUGACCUCUUGGCCAGGCACUUAUUGGUCAGAAGAGACUCAGCUGUUCCCGAGACGCCCACCAGACAAGCUCUGAUGCGGCCCUUCAGAGGAGGCGCAGUCACACACAACGGAGUGGCUCUUUACAGGGAGACGGUCCUAAAGCCUGGCGAUGUGAUUGGUCUGGGGAACCACUUCCUUUUCCUAUACCGUGACCCCCGCGUGACUCCAGCUCCACCGCUGGCAUUGACCCUGCCAUGGCAGGCUGAUGCCUCCACCACCUGCUGCCCCUCAGGGUUAGCGGACAGACAGGAAGCGCUGAGGCAAUACCUCGGAUCUACAGAGGCAGUGCUGAAGUUUCAUUCCCGCCACACAGAUGCUCUGUUACAGGAGAUAAUCUCCACAAACUCUUCUCCAGACUCUGGAGGCGGGCCUUUAGCUCCUGCUUAUCUCCUGUCAAUCAUGAUAGAUCAUGCCUCCAAACACCUGGACCCCGCUCUCACACCACAGAUAUUACUCAAGUCAGCCAAUCUAAUUAAAGAAAUUGUCUGGGAUAACAUUAAGGAAUUUGGGGAUAAGCAUCCCACGCAAAAUUCCACAGAGCAAGAAGGUGAGAUAAGCACGCCGAAUGUCCAGAAACUGUCGUCUGACCUUCGACCCCUGAUGUUCUGGAUGUCAAAUGCCACAGAGCUCCUUAACUUCUUCCAGGUCAAAGUUGAAGCCAUGGAGAAAGAGUGGGAGUUUGAAGCCCCGGGGGACCCAGUUUUGACGGCUGACAUGGACACCUGCUCAGAAGCUCUGGCGCAACUGGAUGAUGUCAUUAUGCACACCUUCCAACAGUGUGUGUAUCACCUCACCAAGACUCUGUACUCACUCCUUCCAGCUCUUCUGGACUCCAACCCAUUCUCCAGAGAGGCGAAGGAGAAGGAGCAGGAUGGAGCUCGGGCAGCAGAGGGAGAAGAGAAAGGAGGGGGGGAAGGAGAGGUGGAUGACGUGUCCACCUUACCGCCCAAAGUUGCCGGGCUGGUGGAAGUGUAUCGCUGUUCCCUGAUGUUGUCACGGGAGGCGUGUCUCUCCCCGCCGCUGACCUCCCAAACCUUUGGCUACCUCUUCUUCUUCACCAACACCUCCCUGCUCAAUACUUUACUGGAGAGAGAUGGACUGUUUUCGUGGUCCAGAGCGGUCCAGAUCCGUACAAACUUGGACCUGGUUCUGGACUGGCUACAGGGGGCGGGAUUAGGAGAUAUAGCCUCUGAGUUCAUGAAGAAACUGUCAAUCACAGUCAACUUCCUGUGUAUUCCCAAGACUCGACUUAUCCAGUCAUCAUGGACCAGUCUACAGGAGGAUCAUGUCUUGUUGAGCCCUUCCCAGCUGCACCACCUGCUCACCCAUUACAAGCUGGGUCCAACCAGAGCCCCACCAGCGUCCUGGGCCCCUCUGCCAGGCACAGAGCUGAGUGGAGACAUCUUUGAGAGCUUCUUGGACCACCCUCCUCUAAUCCUGCCAAAUGAGACUCCACGCCUUGACCUCUCCCAGCCAAUCCCGAGCCCUGAGCUCCUAAAGGAAGUGACACGUCUCCGCACCUUCUUGUGGGGACUUGACCAGGAUGAGCUACCCGCCAAUCAGAGGACUCGGCUUUGAGGAAGCCCAUAUUUGUCUCUAUGGAUGUCUCAGAAGUAAAAAGGAAAUAACCAGAAACAGCAAACUGCACACCCCAAAAGAAAUGCAAACUGGACUUGUUUUCUGCAUUUUGUUGCCUGGUUGUUGCUUUUUCAUGACAUUUCCAUAUGAAUUCAUUAAUCCACUUAGAUAUUUUCAAGUAAAAUAAAUGUAUUGGCUUUUGUAUGUCUUUAUAGAUUUUAUUCUAAAGCAGGGAGUGAAACCCCAUGCCUGUUGGGUCACGUGGUGUUAUGCUUUACGUGACUGUUUUACUUGGCUUCCAUGUAUGUUUUUAAACUACUUGUUUUUAAUAAAACGCUGAAUUCUAGUCUUAAAGGCC